AUGUCAUUAAAUAUAUCAUUAUAUACAGUAUCAGCCGUUCUAAUAUUAGACAAUGAAGGUCGUCGAUUAUAUGCCAAGUAUUAUCAACCAUCAUUAACUGAUGCUGGAACCUCCAGUACUCCAGCUGAAUUUGAAAAUCAAUCACAACAACAUAAAUUCGAAACCAAUUUAUUUAGCAAGAUUAAUAAAGUUCAUCAAGAUAUUAUUCUUUAUGAUAAUCAUUUGAUCACUUAUAAACAAACCAAUGAUAUAAUUUUAAUAUUUGUUGCUAAAAUUAAUGAAAAUGAAUCAUUAAUUUUUUCAACCAUGACAAAUUUAUUUGAAAGUUUGAAUAUCUUAUUAGAUAAUGUAAUUGAUAAACAAACAAUUAUAGAAAAGUAUGAUAUGGUAAGUUUAGCAAUUGAUGAAACUAUAGAUGAUGGGAUUAUUAUUGAAUAUGAUCCUGCUACUAUUGUUUCUAGAGUUACUAAUCCUCCAACAGCUCAAUAUGAUGUUAAUUUGAAAAAUAUUGAUAUUAGUGAAAAGGGUAUAUUCAAUGCUUUGUCAUUUGCUUCUAAAAAGAUUGGUGAAAGAUUACAACAGGGUUUAUAA